UUAAGUAUUUCUAGCUCAAACUCGUACGUCGAUUCCUCGGCCCCGCGACCGCACCGUGGGCCAGGGCCCCGGGGACGUUGCGGAACUCACGUCCGCCAGCCCCAAAGCGCGGGGAGCCCCGCCUAGUCCGCGGCCGCCGCGCUGCCGGUCCAGGUCCGCGUCAGUUUCGGGGAAUCUGGCCUCCAGGAAGGUGGCCAGACAGAAGGGCCAUGUGCUGCCCACCAGCCCUCCACAAACCCACCUGUUCCAAAGGUUAAGGCCACAGCCUUUCACAGCCCUGACUGGCGUGCUGCACUUCCUGCCUCCUGUUCCUCUCCACCACCUUCAGGCCUGACUGAGCUCUGUCCUCUCUUCCAAGUGACCCACAACAGGAAAUAAAGGGAGCAGCACCCAGAGUCCAGCUCUCACCCCCAGACACUGCAGCCACUCUCCAGCACCUGAGAAGGCAAAGGGUUCAAAUUCUUCCUUAUGUACAUGCAAGCAAUGGGCAGAGAGCAACUCUUGGUGACCGCCUCGACACUGCCUGCAUGCUCCUGUGAUGCCAAAGGCACUCUCCCCACUGGGCAGUACAGAGAAGAUUCCAAUUUCCAGGUGUGGACCAGUGUCUGGAGAGAGGGUUGUCCUCACUAUUCUGGGAACAGAGUUUGUAAGCUUUGGAAGAGGCUCAUUGAACAUUCUGAACCAUGGAGAUAUGUACCUGACACCUUACAGGCCUUGCCUGCUUAGUGCUUGGACUGCCUGUGAGUGAGAACCCAGAGAAGGAUACCUGGCAGCUGGCCUGCUGACCAUGCAGCCCCUGGAAUCAGUGACAUUUGAAGAUGUGGCUGUAGACUUCACCCAGGAGGAGUGGGCCCUGCUGGACACAUCCCAGAGGAGGCUCUUUAGAGAUGUGAUGCUGGAGAACAUCAGUCACCUGGUCUCCCUGGGCAGGGAAAGUGCCAUUAAAAAACAAGAGACUAUAGCCACACAACAUAGCAGCGAAAAGGACACAUGGACAGUCAUUCCCCUGAAAUCUCACACUCCUGAGGAUCCCAGUGAAUAUAAGGAUUUGGGACAUUUCACUCACAGCUCCACAUUGACUCAACACUUGUUCACUGACAUGGAAAAGAAACCCUAUAUCAGCAAACCAUGUCAAAACUCCCUCAGAGAGCAGUCCUGCCUUAAUCCACACAAGCAAAUACACACCAGGGGUAAAUCAUAUGAGUGUCAUCUCUGUGGGAAAGCCUUCAGCAACUGCUCUAGCCUCAGACGGCAUGAGAUGACCCACACUGGAGAGAAGCCGUACGAGUGCCACCUCUGUGGGAAUGCCUUCAUCCAAAGCUCUGACCUUCGGAAACACAGUCUCACACACACUGGAGAGAAGCCGUAUGAAUGUCAUCUCUGUGGGAAAGCCUUCAGUCAGUCCUCGAACCUGAGACAGCACGAGAGGACGCACACUGGGGAGCAGCCAUAUGCAUGCGGUCAGUGUGGGAAAGCCUUCAGUAAGUGCUCUGCCCUUCGAAGGCAUGAGAGAACCCACACCGGUGAGAAGCCAUAUGGAUGCCAUCUUUGUGGGAAAGCCUUCAGUCAGUGCUCAGCCCUAAGGCGGCAUGAAGGAACCCACAGUGGGGAGAUCAUGAAUGCCUUCAGCAAAUAUUCGGACCUGAGAUGACAUGGGUUUACCAGGGCUAUCAAUGUGGAAGAACCUCAGUCAUAGCUUUAAUGUUUAAACACUCUUGAGGGCUCAUGAGUUACAGAAACACUGUCUGUAGUCCAUGUGGAAGAUCCUGCAGGUGGCCCUACUCACCCAACAUCUGCAGAUACACAUGGGGAGGAUCCAGUUGCCUGGCAUCUCUGUGGCACAACCUUCAGCCAUUGGUGUGACCACAGUGGCCAUAUGAGAGCUCACACUGGAAAUAUGAGAAAUGCAGAAGUCUUCAGCAACAGCCCUAAACUUGACACUAAAGAACCUACCCAGGAGAGAACACCUCGGUCUCUAGUCAAUGUGGGGAUGCUUUCAUUUGUAAUUUCUGGUUUAACAACACAAGCAAACCUCACUUGGGCAGACCCUUAGGUCUGUAGUCACUGUAAACAGGUACUCAGCCAAGCCCCAGACAUGGUGCACAUAGGAAAACUUGGAUGCAGACACCACUGAGACAGGGUGUGCAAGGCUCAGGCCUCUGGAGGAAUACCAGUCAUCUAUCCUUGAGCAGCGAUUUGGUGGAAACUUGUGAGGACUCAGGCUGCACAAAACACUCAGUGUCAUGGCGAAGGGACGUCUUCAGUGACCCCUCAUUCCCAGUUGGCAUUACAGUUCUCAUGCUGAGAAGGAGCCAUUCUAAGAGCAGAGUGGACAGGCCUUCAGCUCCACUGCACUCUAAAAAACUCAGUCUAGUGAAAACACAAACCUCCUAAGAGAGAAAACUAAUUAUUCAUGGAGAAGUUUGGUAUCUGAAUGCAGGAUAGAGUGAUCUGGAAAUAUUAGAUGCCAACUUUUGUAAGAUAUUAGAAUCAACUUUUUCCAUAGAUUAUUGCUUGUAAAUAUUAAACAACAAACCCUGCUACUGUAAAACCUGUGCUGGUGAAGCUGUAGAUCCCUUAUGUAGUUGCAAAUGUGGGUUUGAGCCCACACCCCCUGGUGUGCGCCUGUCUCUCUGAGACUAGCCUUCUUCUCACAGCUCACAAUCAACAGCCAUCUCCAACUGUGCCCUGGUGGUGAUGCCAGGCACCUUCACCUGACCUGGCAGCACAAGGUCCAGGGAGAUGGGGUCCUUUCAGAGCUGCAGCCACCUCAGGGUCCCGAUCGGGAAGCAGCUGCCGCCUCUUCCCAGCAGCAGCUCCUGCCUCCCUGAGCACUGCAGCAGAUAUCAUGGGGAGGGGACACCCCCUUUUCCUGGAUGCUAAUUGACACAAUGGCAGGCUAAGAAUAAUUGUUUAAUAAUCAUCUAGUUAGAAUAGAUUGUCUAAAUUCUCAUCAUGUAGUGUUUUCAUUACUGUGUACUUGUCACCUACCUGUGUCCUCAGAUGAUGCAUGUGAACCAGGUUUUCUACCCCUGGCAUAUUCCAUUGCCACACAUUUCCAUGCAGGGUCUCCUAAGUAAGAGUAGGUCCUGAAGUCUUUGGAAAAUUUUCUCCACAAGUCACGUGUGAGACUGGGAGAUUCUUACAUUUAAACAAGCCCUGGAUGGUGUAGCUUAGUGGAUUGAGCACGGGCCUGUGAACCAGAGUAUCGCGGUUUGAUUCCCAGUCAGGGCACAUGCCUGGGUUGCAGGCCAGUUCCCAGCAGGGGACACACGAGAGGCAAGCAUACAUUGAUAUUUUUUUCCCUCUCCCCUUCCCCUCUGAAGAUAAAUAAAUAAAAUCUUAAAAAUAAAUAAAUAAAUAUGCAAGAAGUUGAAUGACAUCUAGAACUGUCUCUAAACCUAGUUCUGGUGUGGCAAACCCACAGAAAAAGCCUUCACAUGAGUUUUCCUAAACCAUCACUCAGUGGCCUCCUGUCCUGGCACACAUAACCAAGCCACAGGUUUCUGACUGUCAGCCUGAACCAAAGGGAGGAGGGCCUCACCAUUUCCCCGUCUUUUCCAUGUGGGCAGGAAACCUCUUAGUAAUGAAUAUCACCACUAACUUUGAAACUCCAAUCUAUUACUCCAUUUAUUAGUUCCUGAAGAUGAAUUACAUGCUUAUGGGUGAGCUCUGAAAAGCAUAUAGAUAUAUGUACUCUUUUCCUCUAUAUUGAGUGGAGAAAAUAUUCUUAGAGAUUUUCACCUUUUUUUUACUGUUAGUUUUUAUUUAUUGUUAAAGUACAGUUUUCUGCAUUUCCUCACACCACUCCCUCCCUUCUUUGUUUUGCACAUGUGUCCUUUAUAACUCUUCCUGAAAACUCUUCCCCCUUUCCUUCUCCUCUAUCCUUUUCCCACCGUUCCUCUGGUUACUGUCAGUUUGUUCUUAAAUUCAAUGCCUCUGGUUCUGUUUUGCUUGAUUAUUCAUUUUGUUCAUUAGGUUCCACUUAGAGGUGAGAUCAUAUGGUAUUUGUUUUUCACCACCUGGCUUAUUUCACUUAGCAAAAUGCUCUUCAGUUCCACUGAUGCUGUCAUAAAUGGUAGGAGCUCCUUCUUUCUGCUAAGUAGUAUUCCAUUGUGUCAAUGUACCACAGUUUUUUGAUCCAUUCAUUUACUGACGGGCACUUAUGUUGCUUCCAGCACUUGUCUAUUGUAAAUUGUGCUGCUAUGAGCAUUGGGGUGCAUAGGUUCUUUUGGAUUGGUGUUUCAGGGUUCUUAGGACAUAAUCCCAGCAGAGAAAUUGCCAUGUCAAAAAGUAGUUUCAUUUUUAGUUUACUGAGGAAACUCCAUACUGUUUUCCACAUGGGUGCACCUGUCUGCAUUUUCACAAACAGUGUACUAGGGUUCCCUUUUCUCCACACUCUCUCCAAGACUUGUUUGUUGAUUUGUUUAUGAUGGCCAUUCUCACUGGUGUGAAGUGGUAUGUCAUUGUGGUUUUAAUUUGAAUCUCUCUGAUGGCUAGCGAUAUUGAACAUCUUUUCAUAUGUCUCAGCCCUCUGUAUGUCCUCCUGGGAGAGGUGUCUGUUGAGGUCUUUUGCCCAUUUUUAAUUGGGUUGUUUGUCUUCCUAGAAUUGAUUCAUAUGAUUACCUUAUAUUUUUUGGAGAUGAAACCAUUGUCCGAGGUAUUAUUGGUAAAUAUGUUUCCCUAUAGAGUUGGUUGUCUAUGAAUUUUAAUGCUCUUUUACUUAGCCAUGCAGAUGCUUUUGAUUUGAUGAUAUCCAUUUGUUUAUUCUUUA